UUUUAGCAAGCACAACACUAUCCAGUUCGUGACAGACGCACUUCAAAGAGAUAAGCUGCGAAGGCUCAUUUCUGAAUUCUAAUGUUCCCUUUUUCCAUGGUGUCUGUCCACUGUAAUUUACGCACAAACAUGUCUUACGGUUGGGUACCACUUUGAAGGGAAGAUAGGCUAACUGUAUGUCCUCAGCUGAAAGUUCUGUAGCCUAACAAAGAGUACUUUAGCCUCUGGGGUGGACGUGCCUCGUCGUUAGCUGUUUAUCUUCUCCCACCUGGACCGCAGGUCUGACCUUUAACCCAGCCUCCUGCUCCUCUGAACCGGACCGUUCUCUUUGGCAGUAUGAGCAAGAAGCGAGGAUGUCCCUUCCAGCUGCUGAACCGUGCGCACAGAGACUAUGGUGGUAGUGGUGGUGGAGGAUCCAAGACCUUCGGGCCAAACAGCCAUGCCACCACCAGCCUUACCAACCCGGGACCGAGCCCCAUGGAUAGGAGCCAAGGCCUGGGCACCAUGGACAGUGACAGGUGCCUGGCCCUGGAUGAGGCCGCUGCUGCUGCUGCUGCUGCUGACAGUACACGCUACUUUCCUGUUUCACUCGAACUUGAGCCCACAGCGGUGAAUAAUGGAUCAGACAUUCCCUGCAGCCCGCAGACGGACACAAAGGACCCACCGCUGCAGAUCGACGGCCAGCCCCCUGCCUACUGCCCUAACCCUCCUCUCCCUCCAGCCAGAAGGCUGCGGUCCACCAUACACUCCCAGAGCCCCUACAUCACCAAGACUAGCAUGCAGGGGGAUGUCUACAACUUCCUAGAGAGACCUGCUGGAUUGAGAUGCUUCCUCUACCACUUCUUGGUUUUCCUCAUGGUCCUGGUGUGCCUUAUCUUCAGUGUCCUGUCCACCAUAGAACACUAUGCUGAUUUUGCCAGCGGAACACUCUUCUGGAUGGAGAUUGUCCUGGUGCUGUUCUUUGGGACAGAGUACGUGGUGCGGCUCUGGUCCGCCGGCUGCAGGAGCAAAUAUGUGGGGAUCAAGGGACGACUCCGCUUCAUCAGGAAACCAAUAUCUAUCAUAGAUCUGAUAGUGGUUAUUGCCUCCGUUGUAGUGCUGGGUGUAGGCUCCAAUGGCCAAGUGUUUGCCACAUCUGCUAUCAGGGGAAUCCGCUUCCUCCAGAUUCUACGCAUGCUGCACGUGGAUCGUCAGGGAGGAACAUGGAGGCUUCUGGGAUCGGUAGUCUUCAUCCAUAGACAGGAGCUGAUCACCACGCUGUACAUCGGCUUCCUGGGGCUGAUCUUCUCCUCCUACUUUGUGUACCUGGCGGAGAAGGAUGCUGUGGACGAGGAGGGCAAGACUGGCUUCUCCAGCUACGCUGAUGCCCUGUGGUGGGGCGUGGUGACAGUGACCACCAUUGGCUACGGGGACAAGAUUCCUCAGACGUGGAUAGGGAAGUGCAUCGCCUCCUGCUUCAGCGUCUUCGCCAUCUCCUUCUUCGCUCUGCCUGCAGGUAUACUGGGCUCGGGCUUUGCUCUGAAGGUGCAGCAGAAACAGAGACAGAAACAUUUCAACAGACAGAUCCCGGCUGCAGCCUCACUAAUCCAGACGCUGUGGCGCUGCUAUGCAGCAGAGAAACCAGAAGGCUGUCCCGCCACCUGGAAGAUGUAUGUCCUCACCGGAGACUACAUUCCCACCAUUAACUCUGAAAACAACAACCCAAACCUCAGAAACAAGAACAAGCGCACCAAGAGGAAACUAAAGAUGGUUCGUGACAACGGCUCCAUGACCAUCCUUGGAGGGAGGAACAUGUCCAUUCCUCAGAUCACCUUCGACCACAUCGAAGAUAACGACGAGAAGAAAGAGGUCUUUCUAGAAGAACCCCCAGGCAUCAUCCGGAUGUUCAGACAAACAGGCGUUCAGCACUCGUGGUCCUCUUUCAAUCUGAGCUGUCCUGCCUCUCCAGUUAAGAAAAAACUAGACGGGCCUUCCGUAGACAUCUCCCGGGCCAACAGCUUGAGUGAUGACAUGGACUAUGUCAGCGAAGACACACCUUUACCCGUGGUGACAGACGCAUCGCAUUUGUUGACCAGCCCGUUCAUUGCAAAGGUCCAGGACUCAGUCUCAACUCACCACUUGAAUUCAAGAAGGUUGUCUCACGCCCAAAAAUCAGCAGUCAAAGUACUCCGGAGAAUGAAGUACUUUGUGGCCAGACAGAAAUUUCAGCAAGCGAGGAAACCGUACGACGUGAGGGACGUGAUGGAGCAGUACAACCAGGGACACCUCACCAUGAUGGUCCGCAUCAAGGAGCUACAAAGGAGACUGGACCAUACAUUGGGGAAACCAGGAAUGUUUCUGCCAGACAAAGGUGUAGAUAAAGAAUACUACACUGUGGGAGCCAGACUGGUCCGCCUGGAGGACAAGAUGGACCAGAUGAACCAUAAGAUGGAGGCGGUGCUGAAGAUAUUGGUGGACCAGUACAAACCAAAGGCAGAGCUGCUCCAGAGGCCCCAAGCCCCUCUACUCCCAGCCCCCUACACCUCUCGCAUCAGUGUCAUGAGGCGUCAGAGCAUGGGCGUCAGCUUGGACGAGGCACGGUGAUGUCACAGUGGACAGGCAGGCGCCAGUGAUGGAACCACCAGAGACUGUAGGACCAACCGUGAGAUAUCAGUUGCAAUGUAAAAGGAAAUCAUCUUAAAGUUCAUUGUCAGCUGCUUGACCAGGAGGUCAGACUCCAAUAAAGAAAAGGGAGCACUCUUCUUACCUUAUUAAAGAGGUGGCGUAGUUUGGCUACUUAUAGUGUCCCAUGCUACACUCUGUUUUACAACCCCCAAAACCUUUACAUCACUCUUUCUGACCGCUGACCUUAAAGAGAGAACGUGAACAACUCAGCUCCUGCUUCUGUUCUCCUCUGGUGAAGAGGCGUACUUGUCUGAAAGUGAGGGCUACAGAAAACUAUGAGAGGUGACAUGACAGCAGUAUACUGACAGCUAGAGACAUACAGGCAUGCCGUCCAUCCUCCCUCCCCCCAUCAUGGUGAAAGGCAUAUGGAGUCCUCCUCUUCUUCAGAAGCUUCUUCUCUCUUUCUCCCUCUGUAAUAUCAGCACUAUGAAAACGUGCUACACUCUUAGAAAGAAAGGUGCUAGCUAGAACCUUAAAGGGAUC